CCUGGGGCUGGUGUGGGCGUGGCUUGUGUUUGGUGCGCUUCAUUUAGAACGGCACCGUUUUCCGACUGGGUGUGAACUGGGGAACCAUGAGCAAGCGAAAAGCUCCACAGGGAGAUAAUCCCAAUAAAGAUAUAUGCGACAUGCUGAUGGAGCUUGCCGCGUACGAGAGAAACGUUGGGAGAAAUAUUCACAAAUCCAACGCCUACAAGAAAGCUGCAGGUGCGAUAUCUAAGCAUCCUACUAGGAUAACAAGUGGCUCGGAAGCAAGGCAACUGGGUGGAGUCGGGGAAAAGAUAGCCAAAAAGAUUGACGAGAUCCUAGCCACUGGCAAACUCAACAAACUGGAAAAGAUCAGAAAUAGUGACGAAAGCCAGGCCAUAAACUUUCUCACUGAAGUCAGUGGAAUCGGACCUGCUGCUGCCAAGAAGUUUGUGGACGAAGGAAUAACCACGUUGGAUGAUCUGAAGGCAAACAUGGACAAGCUCAAUCACCACCAGAAGAUUGGAGUCAAGUACUUUCACGACUUUCAGAAGCGGAUUUCUCGAGCGGAGAUGGUCGAACUACGUGAUAUCGCUCUCAGUCACGUCGCGAAAGAGGACGAGAAGUUUGUAGCGGAAGUAUGCGGCAGCUUCAGAAGAGGAGCUGAGUCAAGUGGCGAUAUUGAUAUCAUUCUCGGUCAUCCUGACUACACCUCCGAGUCUAAGAAGAAGCCGCCAUACAUUCGGAGGGUCGUGCAGAGGAUGGAGGCGGCCGGGUUUGUCUCGGACAGUCUGUCACUGGGAGAGAGCAAAUUCAUGGGAGUGUGCUCGCUGCCAAAAUCAGAGGACAGUCCACAACCAGCCUUCCGUCGUAUUGACAUCCGUAUUGUUCCAAUGGACCAAGUGAGAAAAACCUCAUUGUUGCAACAAACCUCUACAUAAGUUUGCCCGAGACCAUUCUCCCAUUUACAGAAACUUCCCUCAAAAUGUUAGCUCUUAACAGUAUUAACUCAUCAUUUUACUUCUGAGAUGUGCACAUUAUGGUGUCUACGUUUAAACUGAAUCAGUUUUACUUAUUGUGGGAUGCAACCUUUAUAUAAUAUAUAUACCUAAUCAUCAUUGAGCUGCCAGUUCUAUACAUACAUACACACCUCCCUUUCCCCCUCUGCACAGUACUACUUUGGGAUUCUCUACUUUACUGGCAGUGACAUGUUCAACAAGGAAAUGAGACAACGAGCACUGGACAAGGGAUUCACACUCAACGAAUACUGCAUUCGCCCCGUGGGAGCAACAGGUAUUCCGGGAGAAUCAAUUCCUGUGGAAUCCGAGGAGGAGGUUUUUGCAGUGAUCGACUUCCCAUACAAAACACCUUCCGAGAGAAAUUUUGGAAAAUGAACAGACUCGCAACCCUUCGUGCCCAGUACUUUAUUAUGGCCACAUUGUCACAUAUCACUCGUUCACCUCUUUGUAUAAUAUAGUGAUACUUUGCAGCAGUUUAUACGCAUGCACGGCAGUUUUACAGUGCUAUAAUAAAAAGCACACCCAUUGCGAACUGCGCAUGCGCGACGUUUUCGUUGGCGCGCGGAGCGCUUACACGCAGGCCGUCUUGCUUUGACCUACCGUCGGUGGCUCAUCUAGCAUAGCUUGUCUUUGGCCGCUUGCAGCAGUAGCUAGC